AAUGCGGUGUAGUUUUUAAUUGCUGGCCAAAAUGAUGAGUUUGAAAGUAAAGAAUUUGCUUUUUCCGGUGCUGGUUGCUUUCAUGUGCACAACUUUUUCAUCUUCAUCUCCAGUUCCUCCAGAUGUUAAAAUUAACCAAGAUGCUCAACAGCUUGCUGAGAGUUACUUAAAACAAUACUAUAACAUGUCUUCCGUAAAAACCAGAAGCAAAAAUGGUAACUCAGUCUCAGAGAAAGUGAAAGAGAUGCAGAGGUUCUUUGGACUAAAUGUUACAGGAACACUAGAUUCAGAAACAUUAGCCAUGAUGAAGAAGCCAAGGUGUGGGAUUCCAGAUGUUGCAAAAUACAGCACAUUCGCAUCAAAACCCAAAUGGCCAACUAAUAAAAUAACAUACAGGAUAGUAAACUACACACCUGACAUGAGUCCCGUAGAUGUGGAUAAUUCCAUAGCGAUGGCCUUCAAAGUAUGGAGCGAUGUCUCACCUCUGACUUUUAUAAAAAUAAACAGUGGUACUGCAGACAUCAUGAUUUCAUUUGCUUCAAAAGAACAUGGUGACUUUCACCCUUUUGAUGGCCCAUCUGGAACUCUUGCUCAUGCCUUCAGUCCAGGAAGUGGUCUUGGUGGAGAUGCACAUUUUGAUAACGAUGAAACUUGGACAACAUCCUCCAGAAAGUUCAAUUUGUACCUUGUGGCUGCUCAUGAACUUGGCCAUUCUUUGGGAUUGGACCACUCCAGUAAUCCAAUAGCUCUGAUGUAUCCCACUUACAAAUAUGUAAAUACCAAUGGAUACCAGCUUCCCAAAGAUGAUGUUGAAGGAAUACAGUCUAUAUAUGGGAAGCCCCCAGCAAAACAACUCACAGCUACAGACCAGGAAGAAACAAGUGUGCCAACUCAACCCCAGACUACCAAAACACAAGCCACUACACUUUUUCACUGUAACCCGAACUUGUCUCUAGAUGCUGCUGCCUAUUUGAACAAUGAUGUGUUGUUCUUUAAAGAUGGGCAGGUCUUUCGAAAACACAAAAAUGGCAGCCUUACUGUGGCGUCCAUCCAAACCAAGUGGACAAGUUUGCCGACAAACAUUGAUGCUGCUCUUAACUGGUCUGGAAGAAAAAGUAUUGUUAUAAUUAAAGGCCAAGACAUCUGGAUAAUUGACAAUUUAGGAAGAGUCUUUAAAGAUCCUAGGCUGAAGGUUUCGUCACUUGGAUUUCCAAACAACUCACCCAAAAUUGAUGCUGCUGUUAAUAUUGAACACAUGAAAAAAAUACUGUUUUUCACUGGAGACAGCUAUUACAGCCUCAAUGCAAGGACAAAACAAAUGAAAUUUGGUAACAAGAUUUCGGUGGAUUUCCCUGGAAUUGGAUCCAAAGUGGACUCUGCCUUCCAAUUGGAUGAUUCCUACUAUUUUACUAGUGGACCAUUACUGUUUCAAUAUGAUAUAAAUAAGAAAAGAGUUAUCAGCACACAGCAAAUCUCUGCACUGCUUGGAUGUCAAACUUAAAGUCAGAGUUUUGGAGGAUCUACUGUUUAAAAAUUAGAAAAGCACUUCAUGCUAAAAUUAAGAAGAUAGUACCCUAGAUGACAAGCAUUAAGGAAAGAAAUUUGAAAUUAAAUGUAAAUUGAAAUGAACUUUAUUAUUUUUUGAUGAAAUUGUGUUUCAAACCGUUGUUUUACCUCUAAUACUGUAUGUCAAGCGAUUCUAGAAUGUCUAGCAAAUGGUUCUUUAAAAUUGUUUUAUACUUUGAAAUUAAACCUAAAUAAUUUUA